UUGUUUACAGAAUGACUCCAAGAUCCACGUGCGCUUCGGGAGGAAGGAAUGGGACCUUUAAAUCUAACUGGAGUUCGGCAUUAGAUCUCAAGUCUGGAUCCACAGACAUUACCAAAGGUCAACUAAUUAAAUACAACAGAGAAUAUGAGCUUGGCAACACAGACUCAGCGACUAAAGAAUCCUCAUCUACCUUCAGCGAAGAUAAUGCAAGAAAUAAAAGAAUGAAGAAAAAGAUGCCAGUUAAAUCAGCAAGCAGACAACGUGGGAAUCGCAGAGGGAAGGCAAACGAUAGAGAAAGGCACCGCAUGCAUAAGCUGAACUCCGCUCUGGAUACUCUGAGAAGCGUGCUUCCAACUUUUCCAGAUGACGCGAAACUGACUAAAAUUGAGACGUUGAGAUUCGCGCACAAUUACAUUUGGGCAUUGUCAGAAACACUGAGAAUUGCAGACCACGUUCGACAAAUUUCAAAUCACGUUCGGGAUCAGGGGAACCUCACGGUGCCAAGCGCUUGCUUGGAAGCGCGUUACAGCGCAUCAAGCACAUGCGCGUCCAAGUGGCACUCCACAAACUCAACAUCAAAUUGGCAAGAAACCCAAGGCUACUACACUGAUUUGUUGCUAGAGGAAUUUAACUGCAAUUUUCAGGACAAUCUGACAUUUUGAUUUGCUGAGGAAAGUCUAAUCUGCGAGUAGCAAAACAAAUCUGGCAAAAGUUAACUAUUGCUAUUAGGACCACGAGUAGCCUAGGCCAUGACACGUUUCAGGGCAGCUCAUGUGUAUUAAUUUUACUUUUCGUUAAUGCCUGAAAAACAACGACAUAAUGAUUUGAUCAUUUUAAUUAUUCAAACGGUUUAUUGCAUGCUUCCAUUUAUAUGUAUAUGACGAUGACAGAC